AUGAGUACAGUCAACGCUUCUUUCGACGAUUCAAACCCCUCAUCAUCCUCCUCUUCGAAUCAGUACUUGCCCCACCCGAGCGGAACGACGCUGGAAGAGAUUUACAACGAAGGAAGAGUGAAACAGGGAGAUAUUCAUUUCGACUAUCCGGAAACUGGGAAUCAACAGAGCUUGGAAUUUCUUCAAGAGGAGAGUCAGAACUCGGGCGAUUAUUCCAUCUCCAAAUCACUCAACUCUCUCGGUUCAAGUAAUUCAUCAACCGAAUACAUCGAAUAUCCCGAAUCCGCAUAUUCAAAUGAUUCCUACAUUCACAUCUCUCCACAAGAGGUUGAAGAGCCAAGGCAAGGGCGUCGCAAUCUCCACGCUGCCAAGCCGCCCUACUCGUACAUUUCCCUCAUAACUUUGGCUAUCCAGCAAAGUGGUCAACAACAACUCACGCUAAACGAAAUCUACAACUGGAUCAUUGAGCUCUUUCCCUACUACAGGCAAAAUCAACAGAGAUGGCAAAAUUCAAUCCGCCACAGCCUGAGCUUCAACGAUUGUUUUGUAAAAGUGCCUCGCUCGGCAGAAAAGCCUGGCAAGGGAUCGUACUGGACGCUCCACCAAGACGCGAAUAAUAUGUUCGAGAAUGGUUGUUACUUGAGACGUCAGAAGAGGUUCAAAGCUCAAGAGCGGCUCGCCAAAGGGAACGCAAAGCGAAAACGAGAUCGAAAAUCAACCACCUCAAGGACCCGAUCCUCGCGCCCGGGGCAAUUUUCGUCCAAUCAGAAAUCACGAAACAAUCCCAACGAAGUCCAAAUUUCCAUAACUCCGAUCGAGGAAGAACCGAAAAAGCAACCAAAACGCUCGAAAAAAUCCGCUUCCCAAGGUGCCCACAGUUCCCUCGUUGCCCCAUCCCAUCAUCAAGGCGGAUUCGGCCAGUAUUCCGGCCAUGGGUUAAGCUUGGGCGAAGAAAGCCAGGAACUCACUCCGGGGCAGAAUUUCCUGGCGAUUUAUGCGCAAGAUCAUCCGAUAGAUACGGGACUUUUACAAGAACAGGAGCAGUAUAUCGACCCGAACAGAUACGCAACGAUGGAGGACCCGAAUAUAAUUUACACCGAAGUUGACCUGCCACAGUAUAUCAAUGGAGAAUUUGUAACAGAUGCUGAGAACCCCCAUUCCCGAGGCUGGAACCAACCGGUCCAAGAAGAUCUUCUCGAUGCUUCAGCUCAAAAUGGAGGACCUUCGACAAGCAUGGAUUUGGAUCUGAACCAUUCUUCCUCCCGCUCAAACUCAUAUUUCUACGAAAACGAAGCGAUCGAGUACGAGUCCCUUCCGAUGGGAAUAAAUCUUCAACCCUGCCCGAAUCCUAGAAGCAGCCUGGCUCAAAAUCAGCCAGAUGAGAGUAUGUUUUAUUCGCUGGAUACUGAUCAAGUAGUGAUGAUAAGCGAGCCGCAAAAUGACGAGCAACAAAAUGAUGGCUUCAUGAAAAUUGGAGUGGAAACGAUUGGAAGCGAAAAUGAGCAGUCCGCCAGUCUGACCAUGAAUCAACAAUAA